AAUUUCAACUUUGUGUUUUCCCAAGGUACCAGCCUUCCCAUCCUGCUUGGGAAUGAGCAGCCAAGUCCUGUCCAGUGGGAAAUGAGGUCGGGCAGUGUGUGCCUCCAGCCCUUCCUCUCCUGGACCUAUGAGCUCCCAGAAUUGCAGAUACACUGGUGGCUGGUUGGUUGUUUUUUCCAAGGUCUGGGCACGUUAUUGACCCUUCCAUGCAGCCGCAGGGACAGUGGUGGGGUUGAUCCUGCUCGGUGAAGCUCCCCCUCUAAACCAGGAGCUCUGUCUGGAUAUGUGGUCGCUGUGGUGUGCUGGGGAGGAGAAGAGGGUGGGCACACGCACCGUGGUGGUCGGGCACCGCCCUGUCCCGGACACCGAGGCGUACGUGGCACAGAAGUUCUGCGACAACAGGAUCGUCUCCUCCAAGUACACCCUCUGGAAUUUCCUCCCGAAGAACCUCUUUGAGCAGUUUAGAAGAAUUGCCAACUUCUACUUCCUCAUCAUCUUCCUCGUGCAGGUGAUCGUGGACACCCCAACCAGCCCCGUGACCAGUGGCCUCCCACUCUUCUUUGUCAUCACUGUCACAGCCAUCAAACAGGGGUACGAGGACUGGCUGAGGCACAGAGCUGACAACGAGGUGAACAAAAGCAACGUCUUUGUUGUCGAAAAUGCAAAGCAAGUGCGGAAGGAGAGUGAAAAAAUCAAGGUUGGAGACAUAGUAGAAGUGAAAGCAGAUGAGACCUUCCCCUGUGAUUUGAUAUUUUUGGCCUCCAGCAGCACUGAUGGGACCUGUUAUGUCACCACAGCAAGCCUGGAUGGCGAGUCCAAUUUCAAGACUCACUAUGCAGUGAGGGACACCACUGUGCUCUGCACUGAUGAAGCCAUCGACACCCUCACGGCCACCAUCGAGUGUGAGCAGCCACAGCCUGACCUCUACAAAUUUGUUGGGAGAAUUAUCAUCUACAGAAGUAACCAAGAGCCUGUAGCCAGGUCUUUGGGUCCUGAAAACCUGUUGUUGAAAGGUGCUACCCUCAAAAAUACCAAGAAGAUUUAUGGAGUUGCAGUCUAUACUGGAAUGGAAACAAAAAUGGCUCUGAACUACCAAGGGAAAUCUCAGAAACGCUCUGCUGUGGAAAAAUCUAUCAACGCUUUCUUGAUAGUGUAUUUGUGCAUCUUACUGGGCAAGGCCACUGUGUGCACAACUCUGAAAUAUGUCUGGCAGAGUAAUCCAUUUAAUGAUGAGCCUUGGUACAAUGAAAAGACUAAAAAAGAGAGAGAGACAUUCAAGGUCCUGCGGAUGUUCACGGAUUUCCUGUCCUUCAUGGUCCUCUUCAACUUCAUUAUCCCUGUCUCCAUGUAUGUCACAGUAGAGAUGCAGAAGUUCUUGGGCUCCUUCUUCAUCUCCUGGGACAAGGAGAUGUAUGAUGAAGAAAUUCAGGAGGGAGCACUGGUGAACACCUCGGACCUGAAUGAGGAGCUCGGGCAGGUGGAGUACGUGUUCACAGACAAAACUGGGACACUGACAGAGAACAGCAUGGAGUUCAUCGAGUGCUGCAUAGAUGGGCACAAGUACAAGGACUGCAUUUCAGAGGUGGAUGGCUUCUCCCAGCCUGAUGGACCCCUCAAAUACUGUGGCAAAGCUGAAAAGAGCCGUGAGGAGCUGUUCCUGAGAGCCCUGUGCCUGUGCCACACGGUGCAGAUCAAGGAGGCAGACCAGGUGGAUGGGCUGAUGGCACACCCAGAGAGAAAAUGCACCUACAUCUCCUCUUCCCCUGAUGAAAUCGCUUUGGUGAAAGGAGCAGAAAAGUAUGGUUUCACUUUUCUAGGACUUGAAAACGAUUUCAUGAAAAUCCGAAACCAAAAGAAUGAAACUGAGAUGUACCAACUCCUCCACGUGCUGAACUUUGACCCAGUGCGGCGCCGGAUGAGUGUCAUUGUGAGAACCAGCACAGGAAAGUUACUUCUCUUCUGUAAAGGAGCAGACUCCUCUAUUUUUCCAAGGGUACAGCAAGAAGAAAUCCAGCAAACAAAAGUCCACGUGGACCGCAAUGCCAUGGAUGGCUACAGAACGCUGUGUGUGGCCUUCAAAGAACUCACUGAGAAGGAGUAUGACAAAAUUGACAGGCAGCUCAAUGAAGCCAAGAUGGCUCUGCAGGACAGGGAGGAGAAGAUGGCCAAGGUUUUUGAUGACACAGAAGCAGACAUGCACCUGAUUGGGGCUACUGCUGUAGAAGACAGGCUGCAGGAGCAGCUGGCAGAGACCAUCGAAGCCCUGCAUGCAGCUGGCAUGAAGGUGUGGGUGCUGACAGGGGACAAGAUGGAAACUGCUAAGUCCACGUGCUACGCCUGCAGGCUGUUCCAGACCAGCACAGAGCUGCUGGAGCUCACAGCCUCGACAGUGGGGGACACUGACAGGAAGGAGGAUCGGCUCCAUGAGCUGCUGCUGGAGUACCACAAAAAACUCAUCCAGGAUGUUCCCAAAAACCGGGGAGGCCUGAAGAGAAGCUGGACAUUGAGUCAGGAAUAUGGACUGAUCAUCGAUGGCUCCACACUGUCCCUGAUCCUGAACCCUUCUCAGGACUCUGGCUCCAGCAAUUACAAAAGCAUAUUCCUGCAGAUCUGCCUGAAGUGCACUGCAGUGCUCUGCUGCAGGAUGGCUCCACUGCAGAAAGCACAGAUUGUGCGAAUGGUGAAGAACACAAAAGGAAGCCCCAUAACUCUGUCCAUAGGGGAUGGUGCAAAUGAUGUCAGUAUGAUUUUGGAAGCACAUGUUGGAAUAGGGAUAAAAGGCAAAGAAGGACGCCAGGCCUCCAGAAACAGCGACUAUGCUGUGCCAAAGUUUAAACAUUUAAGAAAACUGCUACUAGCACAUGGGCAUUUAUAUUAUGUGAGAAUAGCACACCUUGUACAGUAUUUCUUCUAUAAGAACCUUUGCUUCAUUUUACCACAGUUUUUAUACCAGUUCUUUUGUGGAUUCUCACAGCAGCCACUGUAUGAUGCUGCUUACCUGACCAUGUACAACAUCUGCUUCACAUCACUGCCUAUCCUGGCCUACAGCCUCCUGGAGCAGCACAUCAGCAUUGACACUCUCACCUCAGACCCUCAGCUCUACAUGAAGGUGUCAGAUAAUGCAAUGCUGCAGUGGAGGCCCUUCCUGUACUGGACCUUUCUGGGAGCCUUUGAAGGACUUGUGUUUUUCUUUGGGGUUUAUUUUCUGUUUCAAAACUCGUCGUUGGAAGAUAACGGAAAGGUGUUUGGGAACUGGACCUUUGGGACGAUUGUUUUCACCGUGCUGGUGUUCACUGUCACUCUCAAGCUAGCAUUAGAUACCCGAUUCUGGACGUGGAUGAACCACUUUGUGAUUUGGGGCUCCCUUGCUUUCUAUGUGUUUUUCUCAUUCUUUUGGGGAGGAGUCAUUUGGCCUUUCUUGAAGCAGCAAAGAAUGUAUUUUGUAUUUGCUCACAUGCUGACUUCUGUUUCCACAUGGCUGGCAAUAAUUCUCCUGAUCUUUAUCAGCCUUUUCCCAGAAAUUCUUCUAAUAGUUUUAAAAAAUAUAAAAGAGAAAAACCAUCAGGCUGGCCCCUUUGAUCUGCCUGUGUUAGUGUCAUACAAACGUAUAGAGAAUGGUUAUGUGAAGGCUGAAGAUGCUGUUACUAAUUUGGCAGAAAGAUAUCCUCUCAGGAUACCUUAAAGUGCUCCACACAAACCCUGCAGAUUGUCAUGCUGUAGGAAACCCAUGUUUUUACCCUGGCAGCGCCCUGUGCUGGUACCAAGGACUGUGAGCAGUGCUGACAGAGCAGCCAGGGCUCUGGCCCCUCCUUAGUCUUUGGUCUUGUGGCUUCCCUGCCCUCCCAGAAAAACCAAUUCUGCCAAGUCCUGCAUCACUGGAGGCUGAGAGAGCAUCUUUAGGAGUUCAGCCAGGACAGCACGGAUGGAAGUGCAGGAGUGCAGUGCCAGCCCCUUUCACA